AUGCUACAAGAGAAGGAAGAAACAAAAGGUGAAAACCAACCAACCAUGACCACCUCCACUAUUCCAGAGGAAAUGUCACCUGCCGAAUCAAUCACACCCCCUACUGCACUGAAUGAUUCAUCCGAAACCCAAAAUACUCAGCACAAUCCGCCAAGCAAACCUGAAAUCGGUGACAAGGAAGCCGUUGCCACCGCUUCCAAUCCUCCCGUAGACGAGAAUUUGGCUCAGGGUGCGAAUCCGGAGAAUCAAGAUACCACUUCCAGUCAUGUGGAUCCAGCCGGCACCACGACGUCUCCUAAACUUGAUGAUUCAGUGCAGCUUACAAACAGUGAGAAUCAAAAAACAUUGCCCAGUCCUGUUCCAGAGACUACAGGAGAGGUAAAACCCUUAUCUACUGAUGCUUCAGCCCAAAUCCCCAAAGAAAUGACUGAGAACCAGCAGAAACUAGAUUUAGCCAAUAUUGUUAGUGAAACUUCACCUGAAAGCCGAAAUCAAGAUUCAGCCAGAAUCACCAAUGACCCUCCUACCGAAACUUCAAAACAAGAUUCAGCCGAUGUCACUACUGAUCCUUCACCUGAAAUCUCCAAACAACAUUCAGCCCUUAUUUCUACUGAACCUUGUUCAUCUGAAACCUCCAAACCAGAUUCGGCCGAUAUUACCACUGAACCUUCAACUGAAACAGCGAAACAAGAGCCAACAACUAUUACCCAACCUCAAAGUGAGAUCUUAAAACAAGAUUCACCCAACUUUCCACUUCAAACUGAUCAGAAGACCAAUCCUGUUGUUUCCAAGAAAGAUUCUAUCUGCCUUCCUCUUCCAGGUCUUCUCCACAGAUUAAAAGAUAAACACUUGGAACCCAAGAAGCCAGCUUUAGUCCAAGAAAUCUCUGUAGCUCCUAGUAAAGAAAUUUCAAAAGCUCCAACUUCAGGGCAAUCAACUGCCAGCAGUCCCAGUAAAGAUGCAAUUACCAAGAAGUCGUUGGUAACCCAACAAGAUGCCAACAUUUCUACUAAAGAUGAGCUUUCCAAGUCCAUUGAUGCAGAUAUUAAUUUCAUUAAGCUAGAGUCAAGUAAGCUUGGCCAGUACAAAGACCAUGUAAGUUCACUUGCGAAUGAUGCUGCAGAGAGGUUUGAAGAGCUCAAGAAAGUAGGAACUGAGAAAGAGUUGAGGGAGUUGAAAAAGGAAGUGACCAAGUUGAAGCUUCAAAUACCUUCAAAGCACAAAGGUGCUGAAGAGAGAGGCCCUCACAAAGGUCAUCAGGAUUCAAAGAUUAGGCAAAAAAUCGUUCCUGAAUUGCUGAUGAAACGAAUGCCUCAAUUGUACAAAAGCAAUCAGUUUGAUGGUUGCUCCGAAGUGAGGGAUUUUGAGCGUCUCUUUGACGAGCUUAGUGGGGAAUUGAAGCUUUGUUUGAUGUGCUUUUCAAUUUUCCCUGAAAAUGUAAUCAUCAAGAAGAGGCUGAUGCUGUAUUGGUGGAUAGCUGAGGGCUUUGUGCCUCCGAUUCCACGAAAUGAUGAGAUAAGGCAGCAAAUUGAGAAAGGAAAAACUGUAGAGGAGUUUGCUGAUGAGUUCUUUGAGCAGUUAACCAAAAUGGGAUUCAUUGAGCCUGUGAAUAAUAGGCAUUGCCUUUCUGUUGGUUGCUAUAAAAUGCACCCUUUCGUUAGACUGGCACUGAUCAUGAUUGCUGAAAGGGAAAAGUUCUUUAAUUUCGAUGAGGAGGGAAUGCCAACUGAGGAAUCUUCUGGGACAUUCCAGGCAUGCUUGAUGGGAAGAGGCCUGAUAGAUUAUCAAGAUCUGCAGAAGGGGCUUGUGAGUAGUCAAGAUUUGGAGAAACUCCAUGUCGUUUUCAAUGUCAACGAACCUAUUCUCGAGAUCAGGCCUGACUGGUUUAUGAGGAUGAAGAAUUUGAGUGUUCUUUAUUUGGGAAGGUGGAAAGUAUCAGCAACUGAUCACAUUGAAGUCGAGGAAGCCGAUUUCUUAGAUGGAUUGAGUUCUAUGGAGCAUUUGAGGUUUUUCAGUCUUCAGGGAGUUUCGAGAAUCAUGGAGCUUCCCGAUGCCAUUUCGCAGUUGAUGAAUUUGAUCAUUUUGGAUUUGAGAGCAUGUCAUAGUCUUGAGUCCAUCCCUGAAGGAAUUUGUUCCCUGAGGAAUUUAACAUACUUGGAUUUAUCUGAGUGUUAUUUGCUGGAGCAUAUGCCAAAGGGUCUUGCUUUUCUCUCAAAUCUUAAGGUAUUCAAGGGGUUCGUCGUGGGAGAAGAGCAGAACAAACACACCUGUUGUCUCGAUGACUUGGCGAAAUUGAAGAAGUUGAUCAAACUAACCAUUUAUACUGGCCUCAGUGAAUUCCCGAAUGAUAAGGAUAUUGCUGCUUUGCAGAAUUUCACAGUGCUUAAGAAGCUUACCAUAGCAUGGGGUGGGAGUGCUUUGCAUACUAAGCCCAGCCCGAAACAGGAGCAACCUAAGCAAGAUAAUGGAGGACAGAGGAAGAAAGCAUUGAAAAAAGCAGGAACACUUAGCAGGACUCUGAAGAAAUUCGGUACAUUCAAAGCCUCUGCUGGUUUAGCUACAACUCCCCUGAAGCUGGAGAAGCUGGAGAAGCUGGACCUGAAAUCUUUUCCAAAGACGGAAACACCUACCUGGCUCAUGCCUUCCAGUUUGCCAUCCCUGAAGAAACUGUACAUAAGGGGCGGAAAGUUCUCCGAUUUGGGUCAAUAUCAGGAGGACCUUGAACUUAAGCAAGGAACACAGGGGCAUGAAAUGGACACAUGGAAUGUAGAAAUAUUGCGGGUCAAGUACCUGAGUGAUCUGGAAAUGGAUUGGAGAAAGCUACUUGAGUUGUUUCCAAAUUUGGUUUACUUGGAGAAAGUGAACUGCCCCAAGCUCAGUUUCUUCCCAACUGAUGGAUAUGGAGUUUGGAUCAACAAGCAGAAACUGAAGCAGAUGCAAAUCAGAUAA